GCGGAUCAGAAGGGUAGCGGAGCCGCGAAUGCACAUGCGUAAAUCUUUCACGCAUUUCCGGAUGUCUCACAGUAUUGACUGUCUCCGGUAUGACUUUUAUUACACAUAGCGCAGUAUAAAUACAACGAAUUUGAACAUAUGUAACAACAUGUCAAAGUAAUAAUACAUUUGCAUUAUCUCUAGCUGCUUGCCCGCGUUAUUUUUUUUCGAUGUCCUGUAUGGGAUGCCAUAACAGUUUAGGCAAUCGGCAGCUGUACUUGUUACGUAUAUUAUGGCGAACCGUUGACCAUAGAGCGACCCAUGCAGUUUCAUUGCCCAGUCAAAAUUUUCAGUGCAAACAAAUGUGGUUAUGUAUGGUGCAUCGAAGGUUUCUGUCAUCACAGAGCUAUGGGGUACGGGUGAGAUUUGCUCCAAGUCCAACAGGAUUUUUGCACUUGGGAGGACUGCGAACGGCCCUCUACAACUUCCUUUUUGCAAAAAAACAUGGAGGUAGCUUCAUUCUGAGGAUGGAGGACACAGAUCAGAGCCGAUUUCUAUCAGGGGCAGCAGACAGAAUUGAAGAUAUGCUUGAGUGGGCUGGAAUUGCCCCAGAUGAAAGCCCAAAGAAAGGUGGUGAUUUUGGUCCUUAUCAACAGUCGAAAAGACUGGAUAUGUACCGCCAGGCUGCUGACACCUUGGUGCAGAGUGGUGCUGCCUACUAUUGCUUCUGUAGCCCUCAGAGACUGGAUUUACUGAAAAAAGAGGCACUUCGGAGUCGACAGAACCCUCGGUAUGAUAAUAGAUGCAGGUCCCUACAUCUUGACCAGGUGGCUGAAAAAUUGGGCCAGAGACAACCCCAUGUGAUUCGAUUCCGUCUAGAAGAGGGUGUGGAGCCAUUCGAAGACAUGGUUUUUGGCUGGAACAGGCAUGAAGUCGCUGCUCUUGAGGGGGACCCUGUUAUCAUCAAAGGGGACGGCUUUCCCACCUAUCACCUAGCUAAUGUUGUUGAUGACCAUUUCAUGCAAAUCAGUCACGUGUUGAGGGGUUCGGAGUGGCUCAUCUCCACCUCUAAACACUUACUCAUGUACAGAGCUUUUGGGUGGAAGCCACCCACCUUUGCACAUCUGCCUCUCCUCCUGAACAAAGAUGGCAGUAAAUUGUCCAAACGACAGGGUGACAUUUUUAUUGAACACUUUGCAAAAAACGGGUGUCUUCCUGAAGCUCUGCUUGAUCUUAUUACAAAUUGUGGGUCAGGAUUCACAAAAAACCGUCCCGGUCGAGAAAUCGUUGAUCUUGUCAGUGAUUUUGAUGCCUCAAGACUAAUGACUCACUCUGCUACACUGGAUUUGGAGAAACUUCCCGAUUUUAACAAGAUGCAUCUGGUGCGCAGAAUAAAUAAUGCAGCAAAAUGUGAUUCACUUGUGAAGGACCUGCAGGGCCACAUCAGGCAAGCAUAUGGAACACAAAUGCAGGAAGAGGACGUCCUUCACAAUGACUACAUCAAGCGUGUCCUUCAUCUUCGCAAGGGCCACAUAACUUGUCUGCAUGAUCUGUUGGCACCUGAUUACGCAUACCUGUGGAUAAGACCUUCUGUUCAGCUGGAGCAACUGGAGAAUGUUUCUUCAGAAGCACAAAACAUUCUGGCACUGGCUAUGGAGAUGAUUCUGAGACAUGCCAGCGAACAAACAACGGAACAUCUCAACCUGGAGUUGAAAGGACUAGCAGAAAAAAUAGAAAAGUGCCAGUAUAGAUCAGUGAUGAAGGUGUUGCGUCUGGCACUAAGUGGAUUACAGCAAGGGCCAAGUGUUGCUGAGAUGAUGGUAUCUUUGGGACCUACUGAAAUACAGUAUCGCUUACAGAGAGCAAUGGAACGCUGAUUAACAACUGAUUACUACAGUUUUACACUUCUGUAUUAAAUGUUUUGCACAUUGUUAACUGAAA